UCAGCACUGCUAAACAAGCUUAGGGAGAAUUCCACUAGCGUUCUUUCACCCCUCACCAUACUCCCUGCCGGCAGGAAAUAUCCAGAAUGACAGAUAUGACCAGGCUUCACCAGGCUGUUGCUAUAGGGGACUACAAUUUGGUGAUGAGGAUGCUAAAGAAGGGGCUUUACAAUCCGAACCACAAGGAUGAAGACUGGAAUGACCGAACUCCACUUCACUGGGCUGCAAUUAAAGGACACAUUGAGAUAACAAAGCUUCUAAUAGCCUAUGGAGCCAGGCCCUGUUUGGUGACUGAUGUGGGUUGGACCCCAGCACAUUUUGCAGCUGAAUCAGGUCGACUAGGAGUGCUCAAAGUUCUCCACAUACUGCAUGCUGCUAUUGAUGCCCCAGAUUUUUUUGGAGAUACUCCAAAGAGGAUUGCACAGAUCUAUGGGCAGGAAGAAUGUAUGGCAUUCCUAGAAGGGGCUGAAGUUGAGUGUCAGGCCUUUCGAUUAACGGCCCAAGAGGAAGGGCUGCCAUUGGAUCAGAAAGAUGAAGAAUGGGAACUCAAGAAACAAGAACUUGAAAAGACUUUCCCCUCUCUAAAUCAAAACAAAAAUAGGAAAAAGAUUAAGAAAUUUCAAGGCCCUCACCAGACUCCAUGUGGUCAGGUUCGUUUACACUGAGACUCUUGUGGCCAGCUUGGCAAGGGAAAUCACACAGUUAAAGCUAGAUAUUCUCAAAUAAUUGAAUCUUAUUCCAGGGGUGUGAAAAAGCCUGUUUUUACAAGGUAAACUUUUCCUAGGGCUCAGUUAAGAGCAAUGACUAUGCUACUUCUUUGUUAGAUUUGCAUACACUUAUAUAGACUGGCAUGUAGAAUUCAUUUCCCAGGGUUGGCCUGUACCAGGCUCCCUAAUAAAUAGAUCCCCCUGAAGGAUUACUUGGUAAACCUAUAACUGGGCUGGGACUGUACCUGUUAUUUAAUUGGCACGAGGAAGCCCCACAUAAGGAAAUUCUAUUCAUUUUGAACUUAAAUGCAAAAAAAAAAAAAAGAACAUGUACAACAUAAA